UUCAGCGCGGUCUGUGGGGAGAGAGAGCGUCAGGAGAAAGACGGUGAGUAGGCAGAUCAACGCUUUAGUGAAAACACCUGCUUAUCGUUCUAGUAAUUGGCGAGGAGACGCUUUAAAACCCCAAGACGGACCGGGAGGAAGGGAGAGAGAGCGGCUGGGGAAACGAGCGUGCCAGAGACGAGAGACGUCGCGUCCGAGGAGAUCGGGCAGAAAGAAUCUUACGAUCAGGAGAGAUCGAGUUUGAACUUUUAUUUUGAAACCGGAAGUGUGAAACCCGGAACUAUUGUGUCAAUAAAGACUUACCUCGUUUUCCCAGCCAAGCCGACCCUGACUCCUUUCUUCCAUACUAUCGAACUUGUUACAGUGGUGCCGAAACCCGGGAAGAAAGGAGUGAGCCGCCGCCAGCCAUGCAGACUCCGCCGGGAUCGCCAUUUGCGGAGGUUAUCGCCUCCCUCGCUGGUCUCCAUCAGCAACACCACCAGGCCCUGUUGGGUCUGAGGGAAGAUCAGGAGAGGAGGUUCCAGGCCCUCGUCCAGACCCAACAGGAGGACCGCGAGGCGUUCCGGAGCUGGGCGAGCCAGGAGAGGGGACCGAGCGAAACAUCGACCGCAUCCCCCACCAUCCCGCUGCACAAAAUGGGGCCCCACGACGAGCCGGAAGCCUUCCUGGAGCUCUUCGAGAGGUCCGCGGAGUUAUCCGGGUGGCAGCCAGAUGCCUGGGCGGCCCGCCUGAUCCCCCUAUUGUCAGGCGAAGCCCAGUUGGCCGCCCAGCAGCUGCCAGUAGCUAACUUGUUACAAUACGCGGACCUCAAGAGGGCCAUCCUGGAGCGAGUGGGACUUAGUCCGGAGCAGCAUCGGCAGCGUUUUCGGUCGCUGGAACUCGGGGAUCGCGGUCAACCCUUCGCCUUCGCACACCAGCUCCGGGACGCAUGCCACAGAUGGCUGAUGGCCGGCGCCAACACCACCGACGACCUCGUCGAGAAGGUGACACUGGAGCAGUUUGUGGGACGGCUACCCAGGAAGACCGCCCAGUGGGUCCAGUGCCACCGACCGUCGACGCUGGCGCAGGCCAUCCAGUUGGCGGAGGACCAGUUGGUGGCGUGCCCUCGGGUCGGCGGACCCCUGAUGUCUUCAUCUCUCUCUCCCCGUGACCUCGCCACCCCUUCCUUCCAGACCGGUGCCCUUCCCCCGGACCCGGGGAACUUUUCCUCCACGGCCAGCCCCACGGACCCGGAGGUUUUCGGAGCCGGGACCCACAGGAGCCGCCAGGUCGUCGGAUGGAGCAGGGAGCUGGCUGAAUCAAGGCUCCAAUUUCUCCUCUCACCCGUCAACCUCCCAAGCCUCUCCUCGCCAAUUCGGGGGUCUGCCUCCUGCCGCUAG